GGGAGGACACAUAAGACGGUGACAGAGGUAGGGGGGCUCUGUGUUGCACACCAGUGGCAAAAGGCUGCCGAAAAGAGACACAGAGAGAUCAGGCAUCAUGGAAUCGCAAACUGCAUCAUCACGACACAUGGAGAUGUUGGGCUGCUGCUGCUGAACACUGUGUGAUGCAGAGAGGAGAGCAGAGAAGUCCUCCUGGAAACCAACAGCAAGCCAAGGAAACAGGUGUGACCGGUGGGAGGAGCAUCAUGAUGAGUGGGAUCCUGAAGAGGAAGCUCGAUGAGGGACCCUCCCCUUAUCUGUCCCUUCAGGGCUCUGAGGAUGAUGAGGUUUCCUGCAGCGACAGCGGCAAUAGCAGCGAUAGUCUCAACCAUUCGGUCCCCUCUGGAAUUCUGGACUCCUCUCUGCAGCAGCAGUCAAAGCGACUGAGGCGCCGCAAUGUGCACUUUGAGAACGUGACGGUCUACUAUUUCACCCGGCGCCAGGGCUUCACCACCGUGCCCACGCAGGGGGGCAGCACCCUGGGGAUGUCUCCUCAUCACAGCGGGGUCAAGCUCUUCACUCUCAGAGAGUUUGCCUUGGAGCAGAAACGGAGCCAUCGAAACAUGCUAAAGGAACAUCUCAAGAAAGAGAAACUCAAUGCCAUCAAACUAAAACUGACUAAGAACGGCACAGUUUCAUCGACGGAAGCAGACACUCUGACGCUCGAUGACAUUUCCGAGGACGACCUGGACGUGGAUAACACCGAAGUGGAUGAUUACUUCUUCCUCCAACCUCUGACCACCAGGAGGCGGCGUGCCCUCCUCCGUGCCUCCGGGGUGCGACGCAUCGAUGUGGAGGAGAAGCACGAACUGCGCGCCCUCCGGGUGUCCAGAGAGGACUGCGGCUGUCGCUGCCAGGGGAUAUGUGACCCGGAGACCUGCGCAUGCAGCCUGGCUGGCAUUAAGUGCCAGGUAAAUGGAACCGUGGUGGACCGCAUGUCCUUCCCCUGCGGCUGCACCAAGGACGGCUGCAGCAACAGCACGGGACGCCUGGAAUUCAACCCGGUCCGGGUGCGCACGCACUUCCUGCACACCAUCAUGAAGCUGGAGCUGGAAAACAGCCAUGAGGAGCCGUGUCAGCAUCAGCAGCCUGAGCAGCAGCUUGUAACCAAUGGCAACGGUUUCCAUGGCGACUCCACCUUGAUCCAGCAGCAGCAGCAGCAGCAGCCGAACCUGCAGUCUCAACUGAUGAGCAGCUCCCUGCCCAAUCCUAUCCUGCAUCUCCAGAACACCGGCGACACAGAUUCCCAUCUAGAGGUAGAGGAGGAAGAGGAGGAAGAGGAGGACGACGAGGAGGAGGAAGAAGAAGAAGAAGAAGAAGAAGACUACGAUGAUGAUGAAGAGGAGGAUGAAGCUUAUGACGAGGAUGGCAGCAGUAUUUGCAGUGGGCUGUCGGACUGCAGCACACACAGCUUGGAAACAUUCGACCCGGAGGAGGACGACGAAGAGGAUGACGAAGAUGAUGAGGAGGAGGAGGAAGACGAGGAAGACUGGGACUCUUCCUUAGACGGCCUGAGCCCUCCUCCUCCGCCGUACUCCGUCCCACUUCCGUCGGUGUUGAGUUACUCCAGCAGCACGGCGGUGGGGCUCGGCGGCCCCUACCACAACACGCCCCCCUCCAUGCAGCGUUUCCAGACCUCCGUGGGCGACUCCCCCGCCUUCCUGAGCGAGAGCACCAACAUCGCCCCGCUGCUGCCCUCCGUGGAGUCCGCCCUGGAGUCUGACCUGAGCCCCGGCCUCCAGCGGCCCCCCGAGACCUUCCAGACCUGCCCACGCCCCUCAGACCUCCACAACCAUCCCGACCGCCAUGACGCACACACGCAGCAGCAGACAGAACCGCCACCGGGAGUCUGAUGAGUCAACCGCAGUGGGAAGACAUAAGUUAACGUUUGAAUAAAGUCGAGAAUUCAACCAGGAGCUUCUUGAUAAGUGCCCUUCCGAUGAGAUCACGAGUGUUGGCUCAAACAAAGGCUGAGAAGGUGAUCAGACAUGAGCUGAGUUUGUCUCCAAAACCUUUCCGAACUCGCUGGUUAAGACCAAAGGAGGAUCAAAUUAUGAAAUAAUAAAAACAGCAAGUUACCUCGUAAUUUGCACAAUAGAAGUCAAGCCUUGAUGUAAAGUCUCAUCACUGCAUGUUUUCUGGUUUUCAAACCGGCACCUGUGACAAAUCUGGAGGAGGUUUCGAGGUGCCGAAAAGGGUUUUUAUUCGUUUUCCGUUGUGCUGCUAAUGAUUCUUAGAUGCUUAUCAGUGUUGCAUGUAUUCAGUUUCCUCUCGCCACAGAGAAAACCCUCUCAUCUGGACGGACUGCUGGUGGCAUACACUCAUUUUGGGAGUUUCUAUUGUUUUGAGCAGUAUUACAAACUCUUAAGUUGAAUAUCUCUGAUUAUUGAAAGAGUUGUUUAAAUGGAGAAAUUGCAGCCAUAAUAAAUAUUUCUAUGU